GCUGUGGGCACUGGUGGGCUAGGAGCAUUCGUCUCUGGAGACUGUCAGCCUGUGUGGUUAUGUGCUCUCUGUGUGUCUGUGUUCAAAACACAGCUUUUGAUUCCGCGUCUUUUGAGUAUAAGCUAUAAACAGUGAAGCCAGGAGAGGGGAAGGAGUGAGAAAUGUUUCCAGUGGUUUAUGACUUUUGCCAGGAUGGAGGCUGAAUUUGAGUCCCCCCCAACUUGCCAGCCUCAGGUGGGUGCAAACGUGUCUUGUGAGCCCCUAGGGGGACUGGCUUUAAGUGUUGGAGCUGCUGGGAGAAGGGUCCUGGGAGGGUCGUGGGUCUUCACCAGGCUGGUUGUUAUGGAAUGUUGGGGCUUGGCGAUGGGGUAGAUCUCAUUUCUAGAAAUGAAGAGGAUGUUCUUGGCCUGAAUGAUGGGACAGAAACAUCCUUUGCACCCAUACAGGUCUGGAUUUUUACCAGUAGCUGACAUGGCCCCAAAAUGCAUAGGUCACAUUAGAAUUUCCUCUCCUCUGAGCUUAGAGUUUAAAUUGAGACCUGCCAACCAACUGAUGCUCUAGGUUUAAUCUUCCAAGCCAUUCUUAAUAAGCUUGACUCUGCAAAAUGGGCCUUCCCUCUGGCUCGAGCCGGAAGGAGUUGUUUUGGGCUCGUAGGCCUGCUGGGCAGCAGCACUGCCCUCAGAGUCUGAGCACAUGAUGCCCCUUCCCCCAAGAGUCUGCCCAGCCACCUCUAUCACUGGUAGUGUUACAGUGUGGUUGCAAUUCUUUCCUCCAGUGUGGUUGCAAUUCUUUCCUCCAAAUGAUUGGUACAACUUUGCAAGCUGCUUGUCUUUUCCUUCCCUCCCCUACCCCUCCUCAACCCUUCUCCCCAUAAGAAUCUUGCGGGGUGGUGGUGGUGGGGGGUGUUUUGUGGGCACUGCACACAUCCUAACUGGAUAGAUGGGUGGUUGAAGGACUGAAUAAGCAAAUGAAAGGACUGGGCCUGGAAAAAAUAUUAUUGGAGAGAUAAUGAAGAAUAUUUGCAAGGAUGCAAUUGCUCCCUUCAUGCCCAGUCCAUCUUCGGUUAUCCAUGCUAUUAAUUUCCUUUUGGCUGUGGAAUGUGGCCUAAAAUGCAUAUAAUCUCUCUUUCCCAAGCACUAAUCUCUGCAUUGCCUCAGAGUCCCAUUUAGAUUAGUUCAGCAGUCCCUAGAUGGGAACUGACUUGGCAGUGCAGAAGAGGAAGCAGGCAGGCACAAGGAUAUAUGGCCAGUUCAGACCUCCCUCCCCCUUUCUGUUGGGCCUCUCUGCAGUUUGACCCUUGGAAAGGGAGAACUGAGGCACGUCAAGGUGAGGAGUUGGAACGGUUUAUAUGGCUGCCCUUCUUCCCUUUUCAUCCUCUUGGAAUUUGAGAAUUAGUGUACUUGGCCUUUUUAAGAUUUGAAUGCUGAACUCUUUCUGGUAAAUUCAGGGAUUUGAGAAGAUGGAAACCCAAGUUUUAGGGGUGCAAGAAGGAGGAGGCAGUGAGGGUUCCUGGAUUGAUGUGAGACACUCCUCUGGGAAUUUGGAUAUCCUCAUAGAUAAAAAUCUCAGGAUUUGCCCAGCACAUUACAGUUUCCUAAGUGCUUUCACAAAACAUAAUCUCAUUUGGAUCUUGCAGUGGUUCUGUGAGGUAGACAGAAACAUCAGAGGUUAUUGUUCACGUUUCACAGAAGGGAAAACUGAGGCUCAGAUACCCAGCUUGCCCAGUGCCAUCUUGCCUGGCUAGUGACAGAAUCUGCACUUAAAGAUUCAAAGACAGGUCUGAAUCUGUGGCUCUUUCAUUGACCCUUCAUAUCUAACUGGGCUUCUAUACUGGGCCUGUAGAAUGUGUGCAGCACCGUUUUCUUCUUUCUCUUUGGCAGUAGGGUAAUUGCCCAUCAGCAGUCAAGGUCUUCCCUUCCAUUUUCCUGUCUUGGGGCUCCUACCUGGGGGGUUCAGUCUUGGGUUUAUACCUCUAAGUCCUAUAGUUAAAACACUUUUCUCCUAUGAGAUAGUGCAGCUUUGCAGGGUAAGGGUAUUCCUCACCUUCACCCUGCCUGAUCCUCUUUCCUGUUAAGAGUGAGUGCUAAGACUCAGAUUCCCUUCAGCUAUCCCCAGAUACCUGAGUGCUGGGACUCAGGUCCCCUUCAGACAUCCCCAGCUAGAUGCACUGAAUCCUCCCCCCUUAGCUGUAGGCCUAUUCGAUCAGAACUUUGGACAUCAGGCUCAAGACUCUAUGGAUUUUAAAUAAUUUACAGUCUUAAAUCACACUGAAAGGAAUAAAAUGCUGCAGAUAAUGGAGUCUAGUAUUCUUUCAGUUUAUCAGUUUGCUGUGUAGAGAACCUAGUGUAAGGUGCUAUAAGAGAGUUUUAGAAAAUUAAGGUGACAGUUCUUGCCCACAGAAAAAGCAUGCAACUGGGGGACUUAGAAAGAUGUAAGACUCCUGAAGACCACAUUAAGCAACACCAGACUGUAAGCUCCAUGCAAGCAGGGACAGUUUGGUUUGCUUGUGUUAUAUUCUGCGUGCCUAGCUUGAUGUGUUGCAUGUGGUGAGUACUCGAGAAAUGUUUGACAAAUGAAUGUUGGAAUGAAUGAACGGAUCUUCAACUAUAAAUUCUUUCAUUUCAGGUUGUUUCAACAUUCACAUGUUAAUUUCAAAUGUAGUCAAAUGGGGUCAGUUAGAGAAGGUUUGCUAGGUAAUCUGUAUUUUCUAGAAGAUAAACGACAUAAUAAAGGGCUACGUAUUUGGAAAGAGAUUAUAGCUCAGAGUAAGAAGACUUUGGAAUAUUUACUUGGCAGUCUUUUAUCCCCUGUAGCACCCUGUUCGAGAGUGACUCCUGGGUCCAUAGAAAGCAUAAAGUAUUUGCAACUAAUCUUUAUCUUUCAGUGUUAAUCAGUUAUUACUGAUAGAUGGGCUAAAGUGUAGCUGUUCAUGUCCCUUUCAGUUUUUGUCCAUGAGCAACUUACUGCCUAUUAAUAGAUAUUCCUUUCAAGAGUUUCUAAAAAUGUGUUUGCUGUUGCAGAGAUGAUGAUACUGAAUUAUUUUUCAUGGGAGUGGUCAAGAGUUUUGCUUAGCCAUCUGUAUCCUUUAGCCUGGUUCCCCAUGGCAGAUGUUUUUGAGAUGGACAAGUGGGUUAGGGGUUUGCAUCGGUGAAACAUCUUUCCUCUGCCCAAAGUUAGUUCAUAUGAGGAUCAAAGCAAAGUCUUUAGGCCAAGAGUUUGUGGUUUGAGUCCUGGCUUUCCCCUUAACUAUGUGACCUUGGGCAAGUCACAUGCCUCCUCUGGCUUCCUCAUGUGUAAAGCAGUAGUAGCUAAUUUCUGUGAAGUGCAAUCCAGUUCUGAAACAUUUUUAUAUGGUGUGUCAUUUGAGGAGUAUGAUGUUUAUUUCAUCUCUCUCACAGACCUGUUGAAAAGAGCAAAACAAACAAGAUAUGUAUUUCAUUUUCUAAACUGUAAACUCUAUGUGAAUUUUAGAUGGUAAAUUCACAGAUUUGAUUUAGCCAUGUGAACAACUUUCUGACCUAAGUAGCCCAAACCAAAUUAAAGGUGACUGAAAUCUUUACAUCAUUUUGAAGAAUUUAAGCAAAGUGAACUGGCUUUAUUGUUGCAGAAGUGCAUGGGGUCAGGAGGAAGGAAUUUUUUUCCCAAUAGACAGGGUACUAGAAGAGUAUGAGAAGAGAAAGGUUACUGAAUCUCCUUCCCAGGAAUUCUGAUGAUGAGAGACUUCAUCUACCUCAGCUCAACUUAAAUGUUUGUCAUUGAUGGGGCCGCAAAGGAUUUGUUCUGUGAUCUCUGGCCAUUCCUUGUCUUAAAAGCAUAUGACUUUCCUAAUUCAAAAUAAAUCCAGACCCAGCAACUGUUCCCUGUCAGGGAUCUCUUCUCAUCUUUGCUUCUGGUCAUUAUUGAGCUCUGGGACCGAGAAGUCCCCAUUUAGCUGAGCUUCUACCUUGAUGAGAAGGUUGGCCUCCCAGCAUGGUGACAGGGAUCCAGAGCUACACAUGGUAAGUCCCCUGAAAUGCUGAGUCGUUUCCAUCUAGGGGUGUGAGAGAAGAGACACAAUGAUUUGCAACUGAAACAUUUGGUGAUUAAUCACCAUUAUGCGUAGGAGCAGACUAAGCUUAACUUGAGACACUCAGAAGCAUUUCUGAAAGAAUGCCCUUUGAUUAUUCUGUUUGCUCAGCUUUUUUAAUAGAUAAGAAAUAAGAAAAAUUAAAUGACAGCACGAGUUCAUAAAAAAUAAAAAGAUUUUGUGAAUGGUACAUAGCUAAUCCCCAAGUUGGUGUAAAGGUCAAGGAGUUCUAGAAGCUCACAGCCUCUGUGGACUGGAGUUUAGAAACUCUAGUUUGUACAGUGUUUCUUGCUGCCUUAAAGUUUUGAUAACCUGAUGUAUGUGAAAGGACUUUGUUAACUGUUGAGUUCUAUAAACAUAAGAGGAGUUGUUUUAAUCUGUAUUGACUGAAUCUGUUUCACCUCUUCAUAGUGGCAUUGCCUUUAAAAAUCCAUUUUAUUUAUGAUUUUUUAAACUGAAUUCGAAGAUAUAUCACGUGGCUUGGAAACUCUCUUUGCUGUGGACUGUGUUCUUUUGUCAAUCACUGCACUGGGAAAAGACCCAAGCAUCGACCCUCUAGUGGCAUGCAGGAUCAUUCCUUUGCCCGCCCCAUGGGGUAAACAGGACUGAAGAAGUUACUGAGCCUGGUCUCAAAAAGAAAAAAGUAUAACUUCAUAAAAAGUCAUGUUGGAUUUUUUGUGAAAGGAGGUUUGGAGUUCUGAGGAAAAAACACAGCGUCUGAGCUAAUAGAUGUGGAUGUUGGGGCCACCUUUGUUAGCAGCUGAGUGAAUGACCUUGCAAAGGUGCUUACCUGCCCUGGACCUCAGAUUUCUUAUCUGGACAAAUGAGGGAAUUAGACUAGCCAGGUUCUAAGAUUUUAUUCCUUUUAGCUAUUACAUUCUUGGGGCCUCUGAAAACAGAAUGCCUUGUGUCUUUUCAGUGGGCAAAACAGUCUUUCAGAAAUCGUUAUCUCACUUUCCUGAAAACUAGUGAAAGUGAAAGUUUGAAAAGAACAGAGAACAAAGCUGCCUGAUCAAAUGGGAGAAAAGAUGGAAGUACAGGGACAUGGAAACAUGGGAGGAACUGAGAGAUUUGUGACCCCCAAUAGAAUUGGAAUAGGAUUUGGAAGGUGAUUUUGUUUUGUUUUUUGAGACAGGGUCUCACUCUGUCGCCCAGGCUGGAGUCCAGUGGCGUGACCACGGUUCACUGCAGCCCUGACCUCCCCGGGCUCAGGUGAUCCACCCACUUCAACCUCCUGAGCAGCUGGAACUACAGGCAUGUGCCACUAUACCUAGCUAAUUUUUGUAUUGUUUAGAUACGAGGUUUACCAUGUUGCCCAGACUGGCCUCACACUCCUGAGCUCAGGCAGUCUACCCACCUCAGCCUCCCAAAGUGCUGGGAUUAUGGGUGUGAGCCACCAUGCCAGGCCUGGAAGGUGUUCUUAAGGUCUGGAAGAACACCCCGAUUUAUCCUACCAAAACAAUUGGACAGAUUUCAGUGAAAAAUCACAAAAAUCUGGCAGGACCUUAAGGGAUCCUUUUGCCCUUUCCUCUUGACUCCAAUAAGCGUCUCUUAAGCUAGUAAAGACAGGCUGAGGGCUUCUCCCAUUUUCAGUUGUCUAUGGAGGGCGAUUCCAUGAGUUCAACAAUUAGAAAUCCCUUUGGAUACCAAACUUCCUCUGCUAGGAUUUAAAACCAUUUUAUUGUUUUUCUAUUCUGAUUUCAGCAUAGGCCUUAAAGUCACUAAUAUCCCUCUAUUACCUUUGUUGACUUCCUUAAGAUUUUCCUCCUCAUUUUAAAGAAUAGCAAACUAAGACAUGAAUGUGUGAAAAAGGGGCUUUGAAAAGGCAGAGUGAAAUAAUUUCAGAGUCUUUCUUUCCAGCCGUUGCUCCUUUCUCUCCUUUACUUGGGAGCAGCCCCUACAAAAUGGUGUGAUGGGAUCUGUAGUCAACAGUCACAGCCUGGCCUCAAAUCACAUAGGGAACCAAUCUAGCAGCCCUCCAGGUGAUGACCUGUGAUCUGUGGUGCCUGACAGUCGGUUGGUUGGACUCAAAAUGUUUAUCAGAUGGCUCAGUGCCCAGCACAGUUCUCACUGUUCUGAGAGAUAGUACAUGAGAAUGUAGAGCUUACAUUCUUUUUUUUUUUGAGACAAAGUCUCGCUCAGUUGCCCAGGCUGGAGUGCAGUGGUAUGAUCUUGGCUCACUACAGCCUCUGCCUCCAAGCGAUUCUCUGCUUCAGCCUCCUGAGUAGCUGGGAUUACAGGUACAUGCCACCACACCUGGCUAAUUUUUGUAUUUUCAAUAGAGACAGGGUUUCACCAUAUUGGCUAGGCUGGUCUUGAACUCCUGAUUUCAACUGAACCGCCCGCCUAGACCUCCCAAAGUGCUGGGAUUACAGGCAUGAGCCACCACACCCGGCCUCAAGCUUACAUUCUUGUUGGGAAAUGUUAUUAACAAAACAACACAAAAUAAAAAGAUGGUACAUAUUGCUGAAUUGUUAUGUACACCAAAAUGUACAUUUAGAAAAGAGCCGAAGGUCGGUGCUAAUGAGAAUAGCCAUAGGUGUAGUAGUUAGGAAUUAUUCAGGUCGAAGAAAGAGAGGAGGCCAUUUCAGACUAGAGAAGCGACGGAAGCAAGGUAGCGCCAACACGGUGUGGUCUGCAAGUGUUAAGGUGAUUAUAGAGCAGAGAGAAAUUAGAUUGAUAAGGUGGGUAGGGUAGGGAGAAUAAAGGGAUUCAGACUUUAUGUGAUAGUAGAAAGGGAGGCAGGGAAGGUUUAUAUAUCAUACAGUGAUGAAAAUAGUGUUUCAAGAGAGAAUUCUGAUAUCAAUAUGUAGAGCGGAAGAGAGCUUGGGGUUAGGAAGCCUAGGAGUUUUGUAGCAAUCUUAGGAAAAGACAAUGAGCUUCUGAAUCAGAAUGGUUAUGGAGGGGACAAAGAGGAGCGGCAAGAUUCCCAAGACAUUUUGGUAUUAGAAUUAACCAGUAUUUUAAGGCUGAAUCAGUUGUUUGUUUGUUUGUUUGUUUGUUUUCUGAGACAGAGUUUUGCUCUCCUUGCCCAGACUGGAGGGCAAUGGCACAAUCUUGGCUCAAUGCAACCUCUGCCUCCUGGGUUCAAGCAAUUCUUCUGCCUCAGCCUCCCAUGUAACUGGGAUUACAGGCACCUGCCCCCAUCCCCGGCUGAUUUUUUUGUAUUUUUAGUAGAGACGAGGUUUUGCCAUGUUGGCCUGGCCAGUCUCAAACUUCUGACCUCAGGUGAUCCGCCCACCUCCGUCUCCCACAGAGCUGUGAGCUUACAGGUAUGAGCCUCCAUGCCCUGAAUUAAAUUUUAUUCCUAAAUUUAUGAGACUGGUGGACCAGGAAAAGCGUAGUACUAUUGAUGGAAUAGGAUCUUUAGUAAAAGUCGUUUUGUCUGCCAUUGAUACCUAGCAAUUUACUGAAUACAGUGGAUACUUAACCUUCCUAAGACCCUUAGGUUAGACCAUUUCUACCAAAUAGUUUUAGAGUUCUUCAGUACAACCCUUUAAGAGAAGUGGAAGUCCAGGUGGGGUGGCUCACACACUUAUUAAUCCCGGCACUUUGGGAGGUGUGUGGAUUACCUGAGGUGAGACAUUUGAGACCAGCCUGGUCAAUAUGGUGAAACCCCGUCUUUACUAAAAAUACAAGAAUUAGUCGGGUGUGGUGGUGCACACCUGUAGUCCCAGCUACUUGGGAGGUUGAAGCAGGAGAAUCAUUUGAACCCGGGAGAUGGAGGUUUCAGGGAGCUGAGAUUGCACCACUGCACUCCACCCUGGGCAACAGAGUGAGACUCCAUCUCAAAAAAGCAAACAAACAAAAAAAACAACAGAAAAGAAAAGUGAGCAGAGUCAGUUUUGGGAGCUCCCUUAGGAAGCUGGAUCAUGGUUUGAGGAGAUGAGCAUAUAUCUGAUGGGUCCUGAUUAAUCAGCCAUAUCUCAUUCCCACACAGCUGACCAAGCUCCAGGGCUGGAGGGCCAUCUAUGUAGAAGCCAUUCUAGUAGCCUAAUGUGGAGAACAUAGGACUUUAAGUGAGCCCCAGCUCAGUGGCUGACUAGCUGUGUGAUCAGGAUAAUUUGUGUAGAAGCAUUUUGUGAAUUCCAUGGUGCCAAACAUAUGCUGAGUGUUGUUAGAGCAUUUGGGUUGGCAGGGACCCCAGAUUGUCCUAAACUCUCCUCAGCUGCUACUAGAAUACUAGAAUGCUUGGGUUACCCUCAGUCCUGUGCUGAUUCUCAACUAAGGAUGGACAGGCAUGUGUGGGACUGUACUGAACAAAUGCAGGACAAUAGUUGGAAAUCAGGGGCCUAAGUGCUCACCCCAAGGCAGAUCCUUUGCUAGACACACACAGUGUCUUUUCUUUCUAGCCCAGGUUCCCCAGCUUGGGAUUCAUGACUUUCUUCAGUUUAGCCCACAUCUCACUAAUCGUAGGUCGCAUUACUGUACCCUGUCACCCUGCUUCAGGUAGACCAGCCUGAUUUCUGGGCCCACAUCUCUCUUUGCACACCUUUGUAUCGGUGUUCUCUGUCUUCCCCUGACUCCAUUGCUCUUAUUUCCUCAAGGAAGCCUUUGCUGGUUAAUAUCACCAAACCCUACACGUUUAUAUUACUCAGCAUUCCGUUUGCACAUACAUACCGCAGUUCAACUCUGAUUUACUUGUAUAAAAUAAUUUGUGUAAAAGUUCUGGCAGAAUGUCUUAGCAUGUGGUAGACUGUUAGGUUGGUUCAAUUCCACUCUUUUAUAUGGUUCUUGUGUUUUAUCCUGUUCCUAAGGGUUCAAGAGCAGCGUCUCCUCAUUGUUCUGGGUUGUCGUCUUCGGCCCAGCUUAGUUCUCUUUAGACAGCUAAGAGUUGUCCCUACAUGUUCUUUCCUGACUCAGAACGUAGCUCAUUCUUGAUAUUGCUGAUUCCUUCUAUGCCUAGCCAAGGGAUUUUAAGAAAGCAAGCUCUAAACACUCGUGCCAGGAACUAAGACCAAAAUUCCUCUUGUUCUCAUUGGGUGCUAGGUCUUUGGUACUUGGUAUUUCUUCCAGGGACAGAGCAGCCUUGUUGGGGUUGCCUGCCUUCAGCCUCUCAGAGUUCUGGGGAUUUCCCCAUUGGCGGCUUGGUUUCCGGGCUGCCUUUCCCUGCAGGGGUCUGAUGGGCACAAGGCCUACCCUGCCAUUGUCCCGCCUGCCCUAGGCUGGCCCCAUUUAUUUCCCAGAGCAGGGCCUUCAGAAGCUUCCCCCCAAGAGACUGCUGCUGCAGAGAAAGGCCACUGUUGUUCUGGGGGGAGGUGGCUGGAGAGAGUGUAGUAAAUAGCUGAGUGAAUAGGACCUUGUGUGCAGCUAGAACCACAGACCCUCUUCCCCUCAGAGCACUAGGGAGAGGGGAAAAAAUACCACUAGGAUUUCAGUGUCUUCACAGGAACAGCGUUUCAGGUUUGGGAACAUUCAUGCCACCCCUCAAAUAGGAAGCUUGGUCUGUUUAACAAGUCUUCACUUAUCGUAGUGCUAGACAUCAAGGAUUCAACCAGAAUACAUUGCAUAUGUUGCCCUUAAGGAGCUUAUGAUUUUGUGGAGGGAGACAGAAGUAAGCAUGGUAGCACCCAAACUUAUUCCUGUGGUAAUAGUUGAAGCACUGGGAGACACCUGAAGAAGGUUUCCUAGAGGGAAGGACCUUUACAUUGAGGCCAAAAAUAAAAGCCAGGCUGGAGACAGGGAAAAUCCAGGCAGAGGGAGCAGCAGGUACAGAAGCCUCAAGCAAGAAAGAGCAUGGUGUUGUGAGAAUUGCAGGUGGCUGUGACCUGUGGUGAGACCAUAGAACCAUUAAUUAAAUGAAACCGGAGAAAAGGAAAACGGGUAGGACAGGGCCUGAAGACCACGAAAUGCUCUGUCCUAGAGGUUUUGGACUUGCUCCUGAGGGCAGUGGAAGACCAUUGUGAGAUUUUAAAUAGGGGGUGACGUGAUCAGAUAUGCUUUUACAAAAGCAAGAUCAUCCUGGCUACAAUGUAGACAUGGGAUUAAAAGAGUGAAAGAGUGGAGGGAGGGAAGAUGGGUUAGGAGACCCUUGCAGUAACCCGGACAAGAGAUGAGUGUGGUCUCUGCUACAGAAGCGACUUCGGCGGAGAUGGAGAAAAAUGAGAGAUCAGAGAUUAUGAAGUUGAUUAUAUGGGCAUGGGGGAGGCAAGGGUUAUAUGGGGAUGAAGGAGAGUGUGCGGCAAGGAAGACACCGUAUCUCUUGUCUUGGGCUACUGGGUAGUACUAUUCAAUAAGAAAAGGAACUCUAGGGGCAGGCGCCAUGUCUGGCCAGGAAGGUGGCAAGAAGAAGCCCUUGAAACAGCCCAAGAAGCAGGCCAAGGAGAUGGACGAGGAAGAUAAGGCUUUCAAGCAGAAACAAAAAGAAGAGCAGAAGAAACUCGAAGAGCUAAAAGCAAAAGCCUCGGGGAAGGGGCCCCUGGCCACAGGUGGAAUUAAGAAAUCUGACAAAAAAUAAGCUGUCCCUUGUCCCUGAGGAGAUGGUGACCCAUUAUUUCAUCUGUAUUUAAACAUCUGUAUUCCCUGCCAUAGCAUCUUUUGCCACCUAUAGCUGGAAUUAAGUGUUGUCUUGGAGCUGUCGUACAUUUAAGAAUAAACUUUU